UGACCUGACGGUUUGACAGCCGGAUGUGGCAGUGACGUCGGCGGAAACGAUUCCGACACACCUUACAUAAUCAACAGCUAGGAUCUCAACAUGGCGGCCGAAUAUGAGGAACGAGUAGAGACGACCGAACACAGUAUAAUCAACGCUUGGGACCUCGCAGAAGACACGCCAACUGCCCUUCCACGAGGGGUCGGCAGUAAAGUUGGAAAUGCGGGAGGAAAUUCGGGGAUCGUCACAACACUAGGAUGGGAGAGCGACUGGACCACCAUGAUGUAUCUAGGAGCAGGGCUCGGCUCGGUCAUACUCAUCCUCGCCAUAUUCGUCUGCUGCCUGCUUAGGGAGCGUGAAAAACAAGAGGUAAUCAGACGGGCUCAACUAGAGGCUGCUUACAGAGUCAUGGUGCCCCUCUGGGGCCCACGGGAGACGGUUCUCCUCCAAGCACCCUCCGUGAAAAAUGGACAUACCCAUCCGUGGAGAUACCCAGCCUGCCCACCGAGAGAACAGGUUAUUGUAUAGUUUAUUUGACAGAAGACCCUCGGGGCCUUCAGGAUCGAAUUGUACCACAUCUUUCUGCAUGUA